AUGGCCGUCAGGUCGCCGCUAUCUGUUCUACCUUAUCGCGCCGAGUCCGCAAGUCCGAUAUACUACUCCCCACGCUCGAUUCCAAUGUCUCUUGAUGGAUCUGUUGAUGGAAAUGAGGGUUCCCACUUCUCCGCACCUGAGCGCGCGAUAAACAACUUAUCGGGGGCUUCGGCCCCCACUGAAAAUGAGACAGAUUGCGAUGGCUGCGAUGGCUGCGAUGAGUGCGAUGACUGUGACAAAUCCAAUAGAGAUAUUUCGCCAAAACCUAUACGCGAAUCAGGGAUGUCUACUCUACCGGAGCUAACGAUUCAAACUGGAUACCCAAGUCAUAUGGCCCCCAGCACAAGAUCAGAUGAGGAUGAGCCUCCUCAAUCGGUAAUACAUGCUCCACCUGGAUUUGGUGAUUUUGUAGGAACUCAAUCACCCGCAGCGGCUGCCGAAUUGGCUAAUGAUGGUGAAUCUCACCAGGCGCCAAUGCGAUCCACGUUUGCAGGUACAGAGGAGUCACAGUCAGCAUCGAUCAGCUCAGAUGAGCAAGCCAAUGUAAUCAGUGUACCCCCAAAGACAAGAAAAGUUGGAAAUAGUCCAAUAUCACCACCUCCAUUGACAACAUCCCUCAAUCUAGUCAAUGAUUGUACCGAGCGGGCGACACCUCGUGCACAAACAAGACACGAGUUUGAAGAAUUUGAGAGGCGCACUCGCACGGGUGGCCUGGAAGGACUCGCCAGCAAAGAGGCCGAGCUAAAUGCCCUAAGGACUGCCCUCGAUGAGUGUUGGACAUUGUGCAAUACGCUAGCUAACCUAAGCUAUAUCCACCGGGAACGGCUCCUAAAAUGCCACAGUGAUGAUACGCAAGAGGAUGCAUGGCGAUCAUGUUGGAGACUUUGCCAGAAGCUUUAUGACACGCGGGACGAUGACUAUGCCUCACAAAUCCAUCCGACUCUUGAUCUCUGCCGGGACUUCUGUCAGGCGCUAUUUGAAGCCCGAAUCCGUGAGACCGACCUCUCAGACUCGGUCUUGAGGGUCAGUUUUGAAUUGAACAAUCACCUCUACAAUACCCAUGAUCGAACUCUUCCUGAUGCCUUCCGCGAAAGAACCCUGGACUUUUAUAUUACCUUGUGCCAUCGUCUCAUGAAGCAACGCACCCGCAUCACGGAGACAGACUCUCUGUUGGGUGCCUGCUGGACAUUAGCCGAAAUGCUGUUCAGCAUCCGCCAGAGCAAGAGGGAAGAAAAGCCGUUGGAUGAGGAAUUGUUGGGGUCUGCGGUUCAAGCCUGCUGGGAGCUUUGCGAUAUCUUCCGCGAGGGCUGGACCCUUCAUAAUCUGCGCAACUCCGACCGAGGAACGCCACGGCCAAGCCAGACAACCUUCUCGCAGGCAUUCCAUCAAACAUCGCAACAGUCGGAUUUGGAAUUUGGCGAUGAGCAAAUGAGCCAACUCGGCAACCCCGAAACCCCAACAACCAUAUUUGAGGAUACUGCAACAGUUUCACCCGACGAAGCUCCGAUUCCUAAUAUCCUCGUAUUGGGUUAUGGGAACGGGCAUAAUAAUCCCCAUACUAAGUGGUCAUCCAAUGCAUCCAGUAUUUCGGAGAACUCUCGGUCGUCCGGGCACACAGCGUCGUCGGCUAACACGGUGACCACCAUCCCGGAAGACCCCAAUCUUACGCGAUUGAAGACCUUGAUUACCAAAGCCGCCAUAAUCAGUGGCUAUCAACGAGGUGGGAACCAGAAUCUCUCUUCGUUCGUGAAAUCGCUUCCGUCAGAUGCAUUUGGCUCUGCCGCGUGGCAGACGUCGUUAUUGAAGAAUUAUAGAAAGGUAGUGGCAUUUGACCCGGCUUUCAGGAGUGUUGGUCUGCAAGCCCGGGUGGGAGCUAUCGAUGUUGCGCAUGCGUGUCAGACGAUGCUACAAAGCGGCCAGUACUCCUGGCUCCGUGACCUUUACCGUCUCGUCUUUGGGUUCCAUAUGGAAGAAGCAAUGGGUCGCAAGGGUGUGAUCAUUCAAACGUAG